GAAAGAUUCUAAUCGAAUUUCUAGUUCUCAACUUCCUACUCCAGUAUAACAUACAUAAGCGUCAAAGGAAGUCUAGUUAUAACUUCUUCACUUGAAGAUGUCAGAUGAAAUGAGAUAUGUUGGUUACGGACCUGAUAAUUUGGUUCCAGUGGGUCCAAUAGGAUACGGACUAAUGAAUCUAACAUGGACACCAGAAGAAACACCCGACGCCCAAGCCUUCAAAUCCAUCCAAACAUUCCUAACCAGCGGUAACCGAUUCCUAAACGCCGGAGAGUUUUAUGGAACAGGACCAGAUCGAACAUACUCCAACUUACAAUUACUUUCGAGAUUCUUUGAUAAGUUUCCUGAAUAUCUUAAAGAAGGAAAAUGUUUUUUAAGUGUUAAAGGUGCAGCUAUUUUAAAAGAAGGAAGAAUUAUUGGAGUCAAUGGAAGUGAGGAUCAUUUAAGACGCUCUGUGAAAAUUAUUAAUGAAAAAUUAGGAGGAAAGAAAAAGAUGGAUUUGUUUCAAAUGGCAAGAGUAGAUAAAAAUAUCGAGAUUGAAAAAGUGAUGGAGACUUUAAAAACUUUGAAAUUUGAAGGAUGCUUUUCUCAUAUUGGUCUUUCAGAAGUUUCGGCUUUAACUAUUGAAAGAGCUCAUAAAGUUCAUCCGAUUUCGGCUGUUGAAAUCGAAUAUUCUCCUUGGUCAUUAGAUAUCGAAAAGAAUGGAGUACUAGAAACCUGUGAAAGACUUGGAAUUCCGAUCAUCGCAUAUAGUCCAUUAGGUCGAGGAAUGUUAACAGGAACAUUAAGAUCACCUUCAGAUAUUCCAAAAGGAGACAUACGUCAUGAUCUAGACAGGUUCAAACCCGAAAACUUUGCUCAAAACCUAAAAAUUGUAGAAAAACUAAAACUCAUCUCAGAUUCCAAACCAUGUACAAUCACUCAACUAUGUAUAAGUUGGAUCCUGAACCAAUCAAAGUUAAUUAUACCGAUUCCAGGAUCUAGAAGACCAGAAGGAGUUCAAGAAUCGAUUGAAUCGAUACAUGUUAAGUUGAGUGGUGAUGAACUUUCAAUGGUUCGAAAGGUUGUGGAUGAAGCUGAGAUUAAAGGUGGGAGAUAUAAUGAUCAUAUGCAAGCUGGACUUGAAGGAUAA